UCACACGUACGUCACUCCACAGAUUUCACGAGCAGGUGCUAUUGAAUGGCUUACAGUGGGACAACACGCCGGAAGUCAAAUUGGGCCGAAUGCGCCGUCGUCCCCUAUACUGUCGGUUGCUUCAGAACUGGACGAGAAAAUGUAUUGAUCGUGUUAGAAAACGCAGGUCCUGCGCCGAUGCUCCCAAGACUGACGUAUGGCGUAGCAGGGAAAACACCUGAUUGGUCUCUCGACGUCCUCCAAGAGCUACAGCCAUCACCUCAGGUGUUUUGGAUGCCCUUUCGUCGAAGGGAAGCCAAGGGAAUAACGGGAUUUUUGCAUUUCAGCAUUUUUUGUUUGUGGAGUCCAGUCAUCAUGGGGAAGUACGCCAAUGUAGUCGCAGUGGGUCUGAUUGGUUUGUUGUGUUUGCUCGACGGAUAUUCGGCCAGAAGGUUGAAAACUGAGCAAGCUGAAAUUGAACAAAGACAACUGUUGAACAUUCUGCCAUCUUGGUUGGAACGACUUCGAAACAAUUUGCCAUCCAGUUUGACUGGCAGGGUAAAACCUUUGAGUGCUUCGGCCGAUGUGCCUGCAGCCACGAAACCAGCUGAGGUUUUGAAUUGGCCCUCGAUUGAAUUAGAUGUCGGCCAAAUUACCGGCGUGGCCGUUGACGACAAGUCGAAUCCUGUUAUUCUUCAUCGAGGAAACGUCAAAUGGGAUGGCGGCUCAUUCGAUAGCAGCGGACAAUACAACCGAAUUGACGAUGGACCUAUCAAGAACGAUACCAUUGUUACCUUGGAUGCUGCAACUGGCUCGUUGUUAGACCAUUGGGGUUCAAAUUUGUUUUACAUGCCCCACGGACUGGAAGUGGAUGCUGAAGGCAAUACGUGGGUUACCGACGUGGCAUUGCAUCAAGUCUUUAAAUUUCCGAAGGGGAGCCAAGUGCCAAGUUUGACACUUGGCGAAGCUUUCGUCUCCGGAUCGGAUGAUAAACAUUUUUGCAAACCGACAGAUGUGGCUGUGUCAUCGUCAGGCAUCUUCUUCGUAUCCGACGGUUAUUGCAACAAACGAAUCCUCAAAUUCGAUGCCGAUGGCCGCCUGUUGGACGUGUUCACGGGGCCAUUCAACAUCGUGCACAGCCUGACGCUAAUGGAGGAGAAGGACGCUCUUUGCGUGGCUGAUCGAGAGAAUUCACGGAUCGUCUGUAUUCACGCCGGACUGAAAGAAGGACCCGGACAGGCCAAAUUCGGGUCACCCUAUGGCCCGGCUGGAUACAAAGGCAAACACGUUGGCCGAGUCUUUGCCGUUGCUGCCAAAGGCCAGCAGCUUUACGCUGUUUUCGGAUCCAUAUUUCUGGGCAUGUCUGAUGGCAAGACAUUCGACUUGGAUAGCCUGAGCACCUUGUCCCGCUGGACUCCCGCCAAUGGUUUUGGCAGCCCGCACGAUGUCGCCGUGUCUCGGGACGGUGAAGCCAUGUACGUCGUUCAAAUCGGACCCAACCGCAUCCACAAAUUCGCCCUCGAAUGAAAAUCCAAACAUAUGGGGCUCCAUUCAAGCGUUUAAAUGAUUAUUCUCAAACUAUUAAUAGAUUAAAACUUCUCUGACGUAUCCAAUGAGAAGAUGCACAUUAUUGCACGAUCAAAAAGUAUAUGACCUGGAGUCGA